AACUACGCAGUGUUAUUGGUGCUUUGCUCGCUGCUGACGCUCCUCGGCACUGGCCGGGCCACUAUUAUGAGUUUUUAUUACACAACGAGGGCACACAUCGUGGUUAAAAGAACAUCUGAUCGGCCUGAAAAUGACUAUGCUGGUGAGUCCAACAUGAGAUUAUGAUGAUGACUGGCGCCAAAAGAAGAAACUUUUAUGUUGGCUUCACUCUGAAAGGAUGCUAUCCAGUUUAAGCUUAGCUCUAUUCCUCCUGUUGGCUACGUCUAAUGCACAAGGAACUGGAAAGGUCUGCCUCUGUUCGGCCUCCCCGCACGGUGGAUUACUUGUCAACUGCACCUCUCUGAGCCUCAUGGAGCUGCCUCGUCUGCCCUCACACACCACAGAGCUUUACGCGCACAACAACCGGCUGACUUCUGUGGCUCCGGGCCUGUUUGACAGGUUGGUUGGCCUGAGAAAGGUCUCCCUGUCUGAGAACCCAUUCCACUGCGACUGCCGGAUCCAAUACCUGAGGAACUGGUUGUUGAAGAACAAAGGCAUUGUUCAAAAGGAGCCUGUGUGUGCCAGCCCGAGCUCUCUGGCCCACACACUCAUCACUGACCUGAGUGAUGACUUCUUUUCUUCCUGUGCUUUGGCAAAAUGCACUGAUGGGAUGUACAACAUCGUGAUGGCGGUGAUGCUGUGUGGCCUCAUAGCUUUGCUGCUGUGGAGCUUGAGACUGGCCAGAAAGUCCACGAUCACUCUGUGCAUAGAUAAGAGACACUCUGGAUUCGAGGCGGACUCUUUACGCUCACUGAAGCCCAAACACAGGAGGAGGCUGCACACUGGAACUUGGGACAGUAGCUCAGAUAUGGGCUCUGGCAUGUUUUUUGAGGAUCAAGAACGGCCACUUCUUAAUAUGGAAUUACUGCCUCAAGUGCUGGAUGUGCUGCACAAGAAGCACAACAUAAAGAUAAAGGCUACAUGAGGGACUUCUGUCCACCACACUGGAAAUAACAAAAACACUUCAAGAAGCUAUAUUACAGCUGAGUUUCAUGGAUACUUCACCUGCGUGUUUUUUUCUUUGCAAUCAAAUUUCAAAUAGAUACAUUUCAAAUUUUGGACUGUCAUGUAAUCGAAUAGAAGCUACUGAAAGUGAUGAUUUAUCCAGAUCAAGAUGAUUCCUGAUUGCUUGUUGUUAGUAAAUACCACAUUAUACCCCACAUGGCGAUGUUCUUGUCAAUUCUCGCAUUUCAGAAUGAAAAUGUCCCUUGGUAAAGUGCA